AUGUUAAGAGAAAUAUUUUCGUUAUUUACUAUGUUAAGUGAAAUUAAAGCAGAUAAUUUAGUUAAACAAUGUUGUUAUCCAGCAGGAGCAGGUGCUUUAUUAUCAGGAAAAAACAAUUGUUUAACUAAACCUCUAUCUAGUAUAAUUGGGGACAUAAACAAUACAAUACAGCAGGCAUUUCAAUGUACAGACUCACCAAUUAUCCCAGGUGUAACUUCACAGCCAGGUAGUUACAUUACUAAUGGUAAUGUACCAGUACAACCAGGAUUUGCUAUAAGUAACAGUGGUAUGAGAGUCCCAGAAGUAGCUCCAACAUUCUCCCCUUUGAAUUGUAAAGCUAGUGAAGCUCUAGAAAAAAAUGCAGCUACAAUACAAGCAUUGUUCCAACCCUACAUAAAUCCAAAUGCAGGCCCAGUAGAUGCAAAUUGUUUAAUGAAAACAAACAUGUUAAAGAGUUUCAAUGAUUUUAAUAAUUCUCCUUUAAUGGAAUCAAUCAACUGUUUGGAUUGUAAGAAAUCAGCAUAUAGGCAUCCAAUGAAAAUUGUAAAUAUUCAUGGAGUUCAAUUACCAGCCGCAUAUAACUUUAAAGCUGUUAAAUGUUCACCAUCUGAUCCUACUUAUGUUCCUAAGCGUAAUUUCUGUGAAUAA